AUGUCGCAAACAUUCAAGCCAUUCCUCCUUCCAUUGCUUGGUGGCUUUGCUCUUAUGCUCCUCCUAGUUCAUGCCCGGGAUGAUCAAUCAGGAUUCAUUAGCAUAGACUGCGGCCUUGCUGGAAAUUCCAGCUAUGCUGAAAAGACAACCGGCAUUAACUACAUUUCAGACGAAACCUUCAUAGACACCGGGGAAAGAAAAUCCAUUUUGCCGGAAUACAGCAAUAGGUAUCAACAGCCCUACACGUCUCUUAGGAGCUUCCCUGAAGGAAAAAGAAACUGCUACGAGAUCAAUGUUACUGAUGGCUACAAGUAUUUAAUCAGAUCAAGUUUUGUAUAUGGGAAUUAUGAUGGCCAAAAUAAAGUUCCCGAAUUCGAUCUGCAUCUGGGAGCUAACUUAUGGAGCAUGGUGAAGUUGGAGAGUGCAUCUACUAUCACACACAAGGAGCUCAUAUAUGUGCCUCGCCGAAACUAUAUACAUGUUUGUCUGGUAAACACAGGCUCCGGGGUCCCAUUUAUAUCAGCUCUAGAAAUAAGGCCUUUAUUGAAUGGAGCUUACAAAACAAAAGGGGAGUCCUUGGCACUUGACAUGCUUGCCGGAUGGUCUUCGGGGGGGUGGCUUGGGGAUGAUAGGGGCUUCACGCACGAGGACGUUCUCAUAGGUGGUGUUGAGGGUAGUAAAAACCUCGAACCUGGGCCUGGGUGUGAAGGGAAGUGGGGCCCGAUCACUUGUCUUGGGAGGGUUGCCUCCACUAGAGUGGUGGUGGUUGUCAUGUCUGCCACGUUUGUUAUUACUGAAGGGAUGCUGGUAGCGAAAGUUGAACUCACGGAGGCCACUCUUAAAAGCACCGAAGGCAGCGCGAUCAUCAGUUUCUGGGCAGCGGGAGUAUUCGUGAUUGAACCGGGCUGCAUAUUCCCGAAGGGGUUCGUCUUCAGCUUGCCGAAGCAUAUACAAGGCCGCGCCGCUGAGGGUGGAAGGGAAGAGGAGGCACAUGCCUUAGUCAGUGAGGCCUUUGCACCCAAGGGCAGACUGGAAGGAGUGGAUAUGGGUGAGAGGGUCCUCCGUGCCAGUGUAGAAGGCGAUGCGGAGCUGCUGGAUAUCCUUCUCCUGGUGGUAGUGGAGGAUACGUUCAGUAAAGGGCCCCGGUCCGCGGAGUAUAGGCGAUCAGGUCGCGCCGCUGAGAGUGGAAGGGAAGAGGAGGCACAUGCCUUCGUCAGUGAGGCCUUGGCACCCAAGGGCAGACUGGAAGGAGUGGAUAUGGGUGAGAGAGUCCUCCGUGCCAGUGUAGAAGGCGAUGCGGAGCGGCUGGAUAUCCUUCUCCUGGUGGUAAUGGAGGAUACGUUCAGUAAAGGGCCCCGGUCGUGGUUUUGCCAAGAGGGGUUAAUGGCUGCGAUGUUGUUCGCUCUCCAGACGCCAAACCUUUUCAAAGAGAAGCCUCAUGGCCGGGCUUCUGAAUUAUCAAAUUCCCAACUAUCCGAGUUCCCUACGCCUUCCUCGUCUGGUACGCAGGCGGGGCCUGGUGAGGGGCCCAGGUGUCUCACCUGUGGGUCUUCGAGGUUAACAGGGAUAUGGAUCGGUCCUGAACUCAGUAAUGGAGGACAAUAUAAUUUCUCAAUCUUUAAGUUUGAGAACUCUACCCUUCCACCAAUCCUCAAUGCUAUCGAGUUUUACAUGGUAAAAGAAUUCUUAGAAUCAGAAACAAACCAAGCAGAUGUUGACGCAAUCAAAGACAUCAAGUCAACUUAUAAGAUUAAAAAGAACUGGCAAGGAGAUCCAUGUGUCCCUCAAGCUUACUUGUGGGAAGGUCUAAACUGUAGCUAUCGUGAAAAUGAGUCCCCAAGAAUCAUAUCCUUGGACUUAUCCUGGAGCGGACUGACAGGGAAGAUAGCUACUCCUAUAUCCAAUCUCGAAAUACAUACAUUGGAUUUAGCAAACAACAACUUGAUAGGACCAAUUCCAGACUUCAUGUCUCAAUUGCGAAACUUAAAUGUCCUAAACCUGGAGAAAAACAAGCUCACAGGCUCAGUUCCAAUUAGACUAAUUGACAGAAACAAGAGUGGUUUGCUAUCUUUAAGUGUUUUAUGCGAAAAUCCAAAUCUAUCUGGAGCUGUUUCGUGCAAAAGGAAGAAGAACAGUUUUGUUAUUCCAUUAGUAGGGUCAAUCGUUGGAAUUUCAGUCCUCUUAUUAUGUAUAGCAGCUGCUUGGUGGGGUUUCAAAAGGAAAAGACAUGGAGAUGUUGCAGAAGCAAAAGACACCAUUGGGACAUCACUGGAGUCAACAAAACGACAGUUUACAUACUCUGAGAUCAUUAAGAUCACGAACAACUUCAAGCGGAUUCUUGGAAAAGGUGGAUUUGGAAAUGUUUAUCAUGGCUACAUCGAGGAUACUCAACUAGCUAUCAAGAUGCUUUCACCAUCCUCAGUUCAAGGAUUUCAACAAUUUCUUGCGGAGGUUGAUCUUCUUGUGAGAGUUCAUCACAAAAAUUUGACAAGCCUGGUUGGAUAUUGCAAUGAUAAGACUGGGGUAGGGCUCGUCUACGAGUACAUGUCCAGUGGAAACUUACAUGCACAUCUUUUUUCAGGUAGCAGCUCAAAUAUCUUGACUUGGAAAGACAGACUUCAAAUAGCAAUAGACGCUGCACAAGGAUAGGAGUAUCUGCACUAUGGCUGUAAGCCACCAAUAAUCCAUAGGGAUGUAAAAUUAACAAACAUUUUGCUGAAUGAAAAUUUCCAAGCCAAGCUAUCUGAUUUUGGACUAUCCAGAACUUUCCCCUCUAAUGAUGACACUCAUAUAUCGACCGUCGUUGCUGGCACUCCCGGCUACCUCGACCCUGAGUACAACCUAUCAAACAGGUUGAACGAGAAAAGUGAUGUUUAUAGCUUCGGGGUUGUGCUGUUGGAGAUUAUUUCCUGUCGACCUGUUUACUCAUCAAGGGAACAUGAAAGAAUUCACAUCAGUCGGUGGGUGAGCUCAAUGCUUGCAGAAGGAGACAUUUACGGCAUCGUUGAUCCAAGGUUCGAGAGACACUUCAACACAAACACUGUAUGGAAGGCUGUGGAGAUAGCAAUGGCAUGUGUAUCUCCAAAUGCUAUAAAAAGGCCAACCAUGAGUCAGGUGGAGGUGGAACUAAAGGAGAGUUUGCCAACAGAGAUUGCUGGAACAAGGCAGAGCCAUGAAACUGAGUUAACAAAUUCCAUUGAGAUAAGGUCUGAUAGUUCGAUCUCUAUGCUAAAUCCGUCGGUUAGGUAGUUGAACUAUUGCUUAGCUAUAUCAAAUAAUGGGAGUUGGGAUGUUUUAGUUUCCUCCAUUUUCUUUUUAGAUAAAUUCUUUUUUUAUGGGU